AUGGCUUCGAUCCGUUCCGAUGAAGAAGCCAUCUUCGCUUUCUAUCGCUAUGACCCCAGCAUGGGCGGUGCAGUCCUUUUUACACUCCUUUUUAUGGGCACAACUUUCUACCACAUUUUCCAGUUGUUCAAAGCCCGGACCUGGUUUUUUAUCCCCUUCGUGAUAGGGGGUCUCUUUGAGAUUAUCGGAUAUGUCGGGCGUGCUUUGUCAAGCAAACAAAGUCCGGAUUGGACCCUAGGUCCCUACAUAGUGCAGACACUCUGUCUGCUCCUCGCCCCAGCUCUCUUGGCAGCCUCGAUCUAUAUGUUGCUCGGCCGGAUCAUCCUGGUGCUGCAGGCAGAAUCGCAUGCAAUUUUGAAAAAGAAGUGGCUUACCAAGAUUUUUGUUACCGGCGACGUGAUGUCGUUUAUCCUUCAAGGCGCUGGUGGUGGCAUUCAGAGUAGCGGGAGCCUUGACGGUAUGAAGACUGGCGAGCACAUUAUCAUCGUGGGCCUUUUUGUCCAAAUCGUCUUUUUUGGCUUCUUCAUUAUUGUCGCUGUCCUGUUUGACUUGAAGCUGCGCAAAUACUCUAUCCCACGCUGCUUCGCUGCGGAGAUCCCCUGGCGCAAACAUCUCAACAUUCUCUAUGUGACCAGUUUGCUGAUCCUGGUCCGCUCGCUUUUUCGACUUGUGGAAUACAUACAAGGCAAUAAAGGCUACCUUUUGCGUCACGAGGUCUACUUGUAUGUUUUUGACUCACUGCUCAUCUUAAUUACCAUGGUUGUCUUCAAUAUCGCUCAUCCACGUGAAAUUACUCAACUCUUGGAUGUUGUCCCGGAUUACGAGUUGACUCGCAUCCCGGAUGAGCAGACUGUGAAACCAGAUGGAGUCUAUCGUGGCGUGUGA